AUGGCGAACAAUGGCCUUAUUGCUGCUGGCACCGAGAGGACUCAUAAGUGGCCUGGCUUGACCAGGAUUCGAACCGUCGCCGGUUCGAUUGUGGAAUGUUCUGUUUUUCUAUUUGAAAAACGCUGUGCGGAGAAAUUGCAUAAACCCAAACGAAAGGAGACCGUUACUGAGAUUUUGAGGACCUCCGUGAAGCAGUUAGAGAGAUACAGGCAUCCAAAAAUUCUGCAGGUUCUGCAUUCGAUAGAAGAAUGUUCGGAGACUUUGGCUUUCGCAACGGAACAAGUUUACGCCAGUUUAGCCAACGUUCUAUUCCAUCAGCAGGAAGUCACUAGCAUCCAUGGUGGAGCGCCUCUAAACUCAGGUGUACCACAAAGCCCAAAGCCUACCCACGCAAGGGAAUACAAAUUCCUGGACAUCGAAUAUAAAUAUGGAUUAUUACAGAUCACAGAGGCCCUAUCCUUCCUGCAUUACACCGGCCACCAGUUACACAGGAACGUCUGCCCUGCGAGUAUACUAAUUACAAAGAAGGGAACUUGGAAGCUGGCCGGACUGGAGUUUAUAGAGCGUGUAAGCGACAUCGACGGAGUGGAACCGGUGCCCUGUCAACCGUGGACAUCCAGGCAGUCAAAAAUGGCGCAACCGUAUUUGGACUACACAGCGCCCGAAACUCAAAUAUCAUCGGUGUCCAGCAUAUUGAGCGAUAUGUUUUCAUUGGGAAUGGUAAUAUGUGCAAUAUUCAAUAAUGGAAGACCCUUGAUACAGGCUGGAAACUCGAGUUCGGCUUAUUUGAAACAACUCGAACUGCUGGAGGACCAAGUGAAAAACAUUUUAUUGCCCCGAGUACCUGUGCCUCUGCAAGAAGCAACGUCUCGCCUUCUCUCCAGAGACACCCGGCAACGUCCCACGGCACAACUGCUGAUACUAAUUAAAUACUUUAGCGAUCCGGCGGUCAAUGCUCUCCAAUUUUUAGAUGUCAUAACUAUGAAGGAUCCAACCCAAAAGACCCAUUUUUACAGGAUGACAUUGAAGGAGGCGUUACCAUACAUCCCGAAGAAACUGUGGUUCCAGCAUGUAUGGCCUUCGCUCCAGCAAGAGAUGAAAUCGCAAGAGGUGCAAGCUGCCGUACUCCAGGCAGCUUUAUUCAUGAUCCGAGAAUGCACCAUUGAGGAAUACGAAACCAUUGUGCUUCCCUCCUUUAGGGACGUUUUUUCGGCACGCAAAUCGGUCCAGGCAACCGUUACCCUCCUGGAGCAUCUCCACAUCAUCCUCGAAAAAACCCCGAGGGACGACAUCCGGACGGAAGUCCUGCCGAUGCUGUACAACGCAUUUGAAAGUCCCAUUCAGGUCCAGAGUGCAGCAUUAUUGGCCGUAACUAAUGUGUCAGAGUACCUCGACGAGAUGGCGAUUAAAAGGAUAAUAUUACCGAAAACGAAGAUGAUCUACGAGAAGAAUCAAAACGAUUUGAAAAUUGUAUCGAACGUGUUAUCAUGCGUGGAGAGGACAUUGGAUAGAUUGGAUAAAAGUCAAAUAAUUGACGAGGUCUUGCCGCUGCUUUAUGAAAUCAGGUUGUCGGAUCCGCAAAUUACGUUAAGAGUUGUCAAUAUUUAUAGACUGAUGCUUAGCGAUAAGAAGUACGGACUGUCGGUGAAUUUGAUGGCGACGAAGGUUAUGCCGAGUCUUCUGCCACAAACAGUAAAUCCAUCGUUGAAUUUGGAGCAGUUCACGAUCCUGCUGGAAGUCCUGCAGGACAUGCUCGAGCAGAUUGAUAGGAACCAAAGGAACAAAUUGAAACUGGACAAUCUAUCACUGCCGAGUCCCGAAAGGCACAGGCCGCUGCGUCACCAAUACAGCUCCGACAACAUGCACGUACCCCCAUUCAACAUACCGAAUUUGCGAGUCGAACAAAGGAAGACAUCCAGUGCAGAGGAUAUGGCCCGGAAAAAUUCCACAGGUGGAAUGCUGGGCGGAUGGUGGUUCGGAGGAUCUCCGUCCUCGCCAGACAGUAAUUUCUUGCGGGUGGCAAAUGCAUUUCCAAACAGGAGGUUAUCUGACAAUACUCUCAUGACACCAAAGAUCAGGGUCGCUCCAUCGUGCGCCUCCUCACCUGGAGGUACCCCUGGUGGAGGUCUACCUAUACGUCGUCACUCGAGCAUAGGUCCGCAGGAGAGACGAGGGUCCACUGUUAACCUUUCACCACCAACGGGCGCCAUAGGUUACAGUUCGGUGUCCCGUGAGGGCUCGAGCUUAUCGGUUCCAUCAACGUAUCUUGCACGGAGCAUGAUAGGAGGUUCGAUGCCGAAUACGAGCAGCAGUGUCCCGUUCCUACUGAGCAGCAGCAUGCAGAGCAUCAGAUCUCGUCGGCCAUCAGCUGUAUUCGGAGGCUCUCAGGGCUCUGGCUUGUUACAGCAGCUGGGCUCCGGCAUGGUAAGAUUCACCUCAUCACACCAACCAACCAACGGCCGGGCGUUCUCUAGUAGCACAGUUAGGAAAUGCCCCUCCCUGAACAUUACAUUUAGCUGAAUUACCAACUGUUUGCCGGCCGUCAGUAAUCAACCCCAAGCUGAUGAUUUGAGCUCUUUGAUUUAUGUUUACUUGUACUUAAGUUUUUAUGGAACUCGAGUCCAUGAAGACCAGAAGUGGCAAUCUGAGUGACAAUCACAGGCAUCACCACAUUCCAGUGUAAAAAAGUAUAUAUGUACCUUUAUUCGUUGUAUUCGUCUACCUUAACUAAAAAGUGCACCUUUUUAAAUUGUA